CAAACGAUGACAAAAAUGUAACGAUGUCAACAAAAUGAAAACACAGUUUGAUUAGUUAAUUCAUGUUGAUAUCCUGCAAGUAAUAAUAAUAAAUGCAAUAGUGACGUUACAAUAUAUCUCAUAUUUCCUUUUCAACAGCCUUUUAAAUAUUAAAGGGGAAUAGAAAAAUGGGUUCUGAAUAAACACAAACUAAGCAAAACUUCAAAAGUAUAUGGCUUUGUUGUGUAUGAGGGAGUGGCAUUAUGGUGCGUCACAGGUUUAUCACAGUAUAAACUUUGGACCCAUGGAAUAGGUUGACAUUACACAUUCCAAAACACACCUAACGAUGAUUCACUCAGUCUUGUCUAUUUCCACUGGAAACAUAACCAAGAUAAUGCUCCUAUGCAUAAAAUAAACCUGCAUGACCCAUUAUGGCCUUAAAACUAACUUCUCAGAAUCAAAGGAAUGUGAAGCAUCUGUUCGAGUUGCGGAUCAUCCUUCUUGGAGGUCGAAAUUCUGGAAAGAACAUAGUGGGAAAUGCUAUCUUAAACCAAGAGGAGUUUGUCCUCCAUGAAAGAACCACAUGCCUGAGAAGAAAAGCUGAGGUACAAGGGAGAAGUGUGAUAGUGGUGGAUACACCAGGUUGGUGGUGUGACUUCUCAGCACAAGACACACCAGAGCUGGUCAGGAGGGAAAUCAGACACAGCGUCUCCAUGUGCCACCCAGGGCCUCACAUCUUUCUCCUUGUGGUGAAAACAGACUCUGUGUUCAUAGAAAAGAGGAGGAGAGCCGUAGAAGAGCAUCUUGAGCUCCUCAUUGGGGCAGUUUGGAGUCACACUAUUGUGCUGUUCACAAAGGGCAAAAAUGCAGGAAAUAAAUCAUUUGAGGAUCAUGUUCAGGCAUCAGGUAAACCCCUCCAGUGGCUCCUGGAAAAGUGUAGUGGCAGGUUUCAUGUUUUUGAUACCCCGGAAACAUGUAGUGCCACCCAAGUAAUGGAACUGAUGGGGAAAAUUGACAAAAUGUUGGCAGAAAAUGAAAGAUGCCAUUUUGAAAUGGAUGUAAAGACUUUACAGGAGAUAGAGGACAGGAAGAGGGAAGUGGAGCUUAAGGCUCAUCAGAGACUGAUGAAUAUACAGAAACAGAGAUCUCUGAAGGUGCACUCAUCUCAUCAACAAAAUAUAAGACUCAUCUUGCUUGGAGCAAAGGGCUCAGGGAAGAGCUCAACAGGAAACAGCAUUCUAGCCGCAGGAAGUGACCUAAGCUUUACACCAAACAAGCGGACCACACAAUGCAUGAAAGAAACAUUCACAGUGGCAGGAAGACAGGUAACAGUUGUAGACACACCUGGCUGGUGGAUGAACUACUUUACCCAGGAUUCUUCAGCUUUUGACAAAGAGGAAAUAGUCAAGAGUGUGUACUUGUUUCCACCUGGUCCUCACGCUUUCCUUUUGGUGGUACGGGUGGACAGGACAUUCACAGAGAUCUACAGGAGAGCCAUUGAGGAGCACAUAGAGCUCAUUAGUAAGGAAGUUUGGGAUCACUCUAUAGUGCUGUUCAGCUUUGGGGACUGGCUUGGGGACACAACCAUAGAGCAGUACAUUGAAAGCGAAGGUAAGGCCCUCCAGAGGCUCGUGGAGAGAUGUGGAAACCGCUACCAUGUGCUAAACAACAAGCGCCUUGGGAAUAAGUUCCAGAUCACAGAGCUACUAGAGAAGAUAGAAGAGAUGACAGCAGGAAGCCACUUUAAAACAGAUGAGAGUCUUUUUAAAGAGAUGAAGAGAAAACAGCAAAUAGAGGAAGACAGUGCAAAGAUCCGCCGUGAAAAUGUGCUGAGACGAAAACAAAGCUUGAGAGCUUUUAAGAAUAAAGUACAGUUGCCAUCAGUUGUAAGAGUAUUUCUCCUGGGUGGUAGACACUCUGGUAAGACAUCUUCUGCAAAUUGCAUUUUGGGUAAUGAUGGACAAGAGGCUGACAACCAAAACCUCAUGAGAGGUACUGUUAUACUCAAUGAGACAAGAGUUGAGGUUAUGGACACACCAGGCUGGACAACUGAGUGUCCAUAUAUUGCAGAGUUCAGAAGGCAACUUCUCCAUGACUGGGUUUCAGGUUCAGCCAGUGGCAUAGGCAUCCUCCUGCUGGUUGUCAAUGCCAGUUCGUCAUUUACACUAAGGAACCUGAAAGCAGCUGAGGACCAUCUGCGUGCUCUGGGAGGGAAAGCGUGGAGCAGCACUGUUGUGUUGUUCACACAUGGAGACUGGCUCGGUGAUGUCAGUGUGGAACAGUAUAUCGAAAGUGAAGGAGAUGCACUUCAGACGCUGGUGGAGAAAUGUGGAAAUAGAUAUCAGGUUUUCAACAAUAAGAUCAAAGACAAUGGCACUCAGGUCACAGAACUGAUGCAGAAGAUAGAGGAGAUGGUGCUGGAACAAAUAUUAAAUAACACAAAAAAUCGAGGGAAUAUUCAACGACCUUUGGUAAAUGACGAAUUCAAGUUUGGUGGGAAGGUACAGAUUGGGGAAAUGCAAAAGACACCUCUUAGAAGCACUACAAACAUCCAUCAUGUAACAGGUGAUACUGACAUUCGAGGACAGCAUCAAAUUAUUGAAAUCUCUGAACAUUUGCUCCCAUCUACAUCCAGUGAUCCAAAAAUUACCACCACAGACUCCAGUCUUUCACCAACUGAAAACCAAGCAGUGGCCUGCAGGAGUAUCAAAUUAUCAAAUAGGACCUCAUUACCCAGAAACAUUCAUCAAAGACUAGUAGUGGUGCUCAACACCUCUGAAUGGUUUCACCCAAAUGAACCAUGGAUAGGUGUGAGUAGGACAGAUGGGCCUGAAACAGGUUCUCUUGCUGCAUUCCAUGUUUCAACAACUGAACAGCCAAUGAAUGUGCAGCAAUUAUACAGGAAUGAAUCACAGGGGGAAAGUUUUUGGGGGCCAUCCCUUCCAUAUUACCACAGGAAUACACCUUACACAUCUCAAACUGCAAAAGAAAGAGCCUUUAUGGAUUUUAUCCAAUCAGAGAACAUGCAGAACCUAAUUGACCAAUGGGGUGACAGUAACAUUGAGGAGCUGGAGGCAUUUAUAGAUUCUUACUUUGAGAUGGUGUGGCAGGAGGCUAUGAAUGAGCCUAAAUGCACCAGCAUGACUCCAAUCAACUCUGAAGGCAUCACUGAGAACGAUCAGGGACAUCUGGCCUCAAUUGACAGGAAACUGUCAAAGCUUGACAUCCUGGAGGGAGUGCAAAGAGACUUGCAGGAGCUGAAGCAAACAAUCAAGCACUGUAGUAGAAUAUUUCAGGAACUGAAGGACAGUAGUAAAGAGACACACGACCCCAGCCGAACCUCUGAAGCAACUGCGUCAGCAGAAAGUGAGGAAACGGGUCAAUCAGAUGAAAAGUGAAUGCCACUUUUCAGUACUGAAAUGGCAAAAAUAGAAAAUGUAUUUGUCAAGUUGGGCCAUGACUAUAACUUUACUGUUUAAAGUGUAACAAGAUGUGCAUUUUUCUCUAUGAAAGAAAAAGAAUGCAAAAUAAAAUGUAAACAAAUAUGAGUAAAUCCUUUCAUUCUAAAUAUUUUAAUACAUCUGGUAUCCCACAAUUCGUGAUCUGGAAUGCUCUUGAACAGCAUGCAGACACUGUCAAAAUACCUGAUGACAGCAACUAAAUGUUUUAUAUAAAUCUAGAAGAAGACCAUAACAUUUAUGCUUUAAAUCUUGUGUUUUGGCUUUUGAUGUAAGGCUUUACUUAAAUGACAUAAUAUCACAUCAUUAAAAGCAUGUAUUACAAAAGUCACAAAGUUAUAUAUUACAAAGUCACAAAGAGUGUACAUAAUGUCUCACCUGUGCCUGCAGACUCUGUUUAUAAUCAUAGGGACCGCCUCCGGCCUUUCUGUAAAGAAUUAUAAAACCUCUGUAUAUUUCAUGAGUUGGCCUCAUUUUUAAUGUUUUAUUUUAUAUUUAAUAUUUUAAUCUUUAUAAACUUUAUUCUUAUUUGUGUAUUUGAAUGGGUCUAUUUUAUUUUUGUUUUAAUUCUGUUCAGUUUAUUUUUAUUUUUUUUAUUAAUUGCUGUAUCAUUUUGGUUCCUUCUUGUCUGUAAAGCAUUUUGAAUUGCAUUAACUUGUUUAGAACAGUGCUUUAUAAAUAAAAUUGACUUUCUUGCUUGCUCUGUCACCUGCAUUAACUCCAUUUUUCCACAAUGCAUGAUGCAUUUCCUCUGGGCCGUCAGACACAUGAAUAAUAGUGUGAGAAAAAUAUCUGAACAAUCUGAAGAAGGUAAAGAUUAGUGCAUUCACUGGUAGAAUUUACAAACAUUGUUUCGCUGGUAAAUAGGUAUACAAGACAAACUUUAUAAGGGCUAAACUGUUUGUUGUGGCAAUUUAAAAGUAAAAUAAAUAAAUAAAUAAAAAUCUCUUUAAGCAAAUAAAAUCAAUAGUUUUGAAUUGCCUCUACCUAGUGGUCGAAUGAUGAAGCUGCUGUUUUCACAUUCAGUCUCUAGAUGUUUAUAGUUUGACAUGCAGUGGAUAAUGCUAUUGCAUAUAAGCACCGCAAGGAUAAAUAUAGCAUAGCUUGUACGUAGCCUAUUCACAGAGCACAUAAAAAAGCAACAAAGGUCCAAUAAUGUAAUAGAAUUCUGAGACAAACUUAAAAAUCAUCUACACAUUACACGAUCAUUUGACUGCCGUCUAUUAUUCACCCAAUAUCACUGAAAGCUCGUGACAGAAAAUCUACCUCUGCAGACAGAUGAACCGUGAACGCGCACAGACCCCUUAAAGACGCGUGACAGCAUGACGCCGCUUCCCUUUAAGAGCCCGGUAUGCGUCACCUGACCAGGUCCACCGACCACCGUCGAGGCAAGACCGUAACCUGCAUUACCAUAAAUUAAUCAACUAAAAUAGCCAAGAUCUACACGAUAUAGCACUGAGACGUGAAAACAUACUUGUCUUCAAAAUCCUGCCCUUGAGACGACUGGAAAGAGACACGUCACGCGGAU